CCUAGUAGCGUUAUGUAUAGCGUACGCGGCGUCGCUGGCGCCGCUGACCGCGCCCGCCGACGACGAGUGUGCGCUCUACCUCACCGGCCCGGGACGAUCCUCCGCCUAUGACUACAGCCUGAACCUGCUUAAAGGGAAUUUCGGUUACGACGGGCAGCACACUUGUAUCACGUACGAGGCGGUCAAUCAAGCCUACCUCGAGGCCAGAACCAGAAUUCUUGUAUCGCAGCCGAAGGGCGACUGGGGCCCUGAGGACUUCGCAUCUGUCGGCGAACUUAUCCUGGACAUAUCUAUCAACUUGGCUAGAACGUACGGACUGAACUAUGAGGAGAUCGAGAAGGGCCUUCCUCUCAUCGACACUUCACGUACGUUGAUCCGCGAGGUGUGCCCGCCCGUGUUCUCGCGCGUGGAAUGCCGCGCUGGCAAGUACAGGCGGCUCGAUGGACUCUGCAACAACCAGAACCAUCCCACAUGGGGCGCGACCAUGUCUCCUUUCCAAAGGUUAAUCGGUCCUCUAUUUGCGGACGGCAUCAACGCGCCCCGGAUAUCGCAUAGCGGCCGCGACCUGCCCCUAUCCCGUGUGGUCUCCCGGACCAUGCACCCGGAUGAGGGCUUCCACGACCACGCUGGUACUGUCAUGGUCAUCGCCUGGGGACAGUUCAUGGACCACGACUAUACGCUUACUGGCACACCCCUAGAUCCUCACAACAGAAACGAUCCCGAGGAGUGCUGCAAGCGACCACCGCACCUAAAACAUCCUUACUGCAAUGAAAUUCGCAUCCCCGAUGACGACUACUUCUACCGUCUCUUCGGCGUCAAGUGUAUCGACUUCGUGCGAGGUUUCCCCUCACCUAGACCUGGCUGCAGAUUAGGUUCUCGAGUGCCGUUCAACACCUUGACUGGGACUAUCGAUGGUAACACAGUCUAUGGAGUCACCGAAAAAUUCUCCAGGAAACUGCGCACUGGUUACGGAGGACUUUUGAGAAUGAACCCAGUUUUCAAAGAAUACGGCUUAAAGGACUUGCUGCCUUUGAAGCUGGAUAUCCCAGAUGAAGGAUGCACUAGACCCAACAAGAACAUGUACUGCUUUGAAGCUGGUGAAAUCAGAGUGAACGAGCAGCUAGUAUUGACUGUGAUGCACACGUUGAUGGCCAGAGAACACAACAGAGUGGCAGUGGCCCUCGCAGAAGUGAACCCGCACUGGGACGACGAAACCUUGUUCCAAGAGGCCCGUAGGAUCAACAUCGCCGAGAUCCAACAUAUCACCUACAACGAGUUCCUGCCCAUCCUCCUUGGAAAGGACGUUAUGGAAAAAUUCGGACUGGUGCUCCAAAAGGAUGGCUACUGGGACGGCUACGAUUCGGAAGUGAACCCAGAUGUGUUGGAUGCGUUUGCAGCUGCCGCUUACCGUUUCGGACAUUCUCUUCUGCCAACUGCUGUUGAAAGAUGGUCGAAGGCACACAAGUUUAUCGCAUCCAAGCGUCUAUCAGAUUUGAUCCGAAGACCCUAUGACUUAUACCGAGCCGGUGUUCUCGACGAAUACGUUAUGGGCCUGAUGAACCAAGUUGCCCAAGCUAUGGACGACUCCAUCACACAAGAAGUCACGAACCAUUUAUUCAAGAAGGUCGGAGCGAGAUUCGGCAUGGACUUGGUAUCGUUUAACAUGCAACGAGGAAGGGAAUUCGGAUUACCCGGAUACAUGGAGUUCCGGAAGUUCUGUGGUCUGUCCGGUGCGGAAACUUUCCAGGAUCUCUUCGAUACUAUGACUAACGGUACUAUCAGAAGAUACGAGUCCAUCUUCGAGCACCCGGUCGACGUUGAUUUAUGGUCUGGAGGUGUAUCCGAGCGACCGCUACCUGGCUCCAUGUUGGGACCAACUUUCGCUUGCAUUAUCGCAACACAAUUCUCCUACUCGAGAAGAGGUGAUAGAUUCUGGUUCGAGCUCCCCAACCAGCCGUCGUCUUUCACGCCCGAGCAACUGACGGAGAUCCGCAAGUCCCGCCUGGCGCGUGUCAUCUGCGACAACACUGACAUCAUAGACACCGUCCAACUCUACCCCAUGGUCCUGCCUGAUCAUGAGCUAAAUCCGCGUGUACCGUGCCGAAGCGGCGUUAUUCCAUCGAUGGACUUUAGUAAGUGGGCGGAACCCGCGCCGCUUUUCGGCGCCGCGAAGCAAUACAUGACGCAAGCUAACGUAACAAACGAAUUCGCUGGCAACGACACAAAGGAUGCUUUGGCCGAAACCCACGAGAAGAAACUAGAUUGUAAUACCAAUAAAGCUGCAGACAAUCCAAAAACCAAAUCAAUGAAUGAACAAGCGAAUAAUACAGAAUCAACAAAUCAAAGCAAGUUAGAGUUGGUGUUCAACAUAACAGCCACAAAAUCUAACGUUAAUAAAAUACAAAGUGACGAUACUCUAAUGAAAUACAUUUAUAAAGGUGACGAAAACAAAACAGUUGCAGACAAAGAAACUGGAUAUCCCAGAAACAGCUUAAAAAGAAGAAAAAGAUCCGAAUAUAAUCCUCACAAUCAGAAUAUUCAAAACCCUGCCAAUUUUAAAUACUCAACAGUUCAUGAUGUAGGUAUCCAAGGCGAAUUGAAAGAUCAAGGAAUAAGAGCAGAUAUUAUUCAAUCUGCAGAAUUAGCCGAUUUUAAUAUUGAAACCUUGCAUUCAAAUACACCGACGGCGGAAACUUAUUCACAAGUGGCAGGUAGUUUAGAAACUGAUUCCGCACCAAAUUUUCGCAAGCAACAUGAUGAAAAUAAUAGCUUUCAAAAUUCUAAUGAAGAUACUUCAAGAAAUGAGGAAUCUAGUCGUGAAGAACCAAAUAAUAAACUCACAUCUAAUGAAAGUCAAGUGAAUAAUAGUGACGAAAGCUAUGAAAAAUCAGACGGGAACUCUAAAGAAGAACAAAAUGAUAACAGUGAAAGUAAAGAAUAUAGUGACAAAGAUGAGGAGAAACUUUAUCCGAGUGAGCAGCUUAACGAUAAAUAUAAACAACGUUCUAGUGAUGAGAGCAGUGAAAAUUAUGAAUCUUCAGAAACCGAUCGACAUUUAAACAACAAUGAUAUUUUUGAUUUAAAAGGCAACAGUUCUCAAGAAAAUAGUAGUGAAAAUCAAUCAUUAAAAACUGCGUCAGAAGAAGAUAAUAGUUCUUCUUCUAUUGAAUCAUCCGAAUCUCCACGAAAUUCGCCGUAUUCAGAAAAACAGGUAAAUGCUACUAGCGAAAAGUUUACUUCAGACAUUGAUCUUAACUCAUUUUUAGUGGGUUCCAUUGAAAACUCAGAAGAAAAAAGUGAAACUCUUAUAAAUGACGGUGAAGUUAAACCUGUUAUAGAACUAAAUGACGAAGAUAAUAGUGAUGAGCUUAGUAAAGAAAUUCGUGACGGUUCUCAUAGUCUUUCAUUGCAAAACAACGGUAAAGACGGCCAUGGGAUAACUUUAAAUAAAAAUGAAGACGAUGUUAAACAACAGUUUGAGAGAAUACCAUUAAAUUAUAAGCAUAAAGAUGAACAAUUAGAAAAAGAUCAGCGAGACGAUGCUCCUUUACAUAAUUCAGAUACACUAGAAAGUAAAUCAGAUGAAGCUGACGGAAAACAAAAUAGCACGGAUUCUGAUAAUGAAAGAUACGAUAAAAACUUAAAUUUCAAAUUUGACGUUAUUCCAAUUAAGCUGCCGGAAAUUAAACUGCCAGAUGAUAUUUUAGAUUAUGCGUAUGAACCUAUUUAUAAAGAUAAAAAUGAAGAUGAAUAUUCUAAAACACAUAAGCCUAUUAAAUCAGAUGACAAAUGGCCUUACUAUACUUAUAAGCCUGAGUCAGAUAAUUACGGCCUUGAUCUAGAUGUAUAUAACAAAAAAAGGAAGUCCAAAUAUAGUGACAAAAUAACCGAUAGUAAAAAUGAUGAUAAUAGCGAUGAGGAGGAUGAAGACUUAUAUGAAAAAUUUGUCCGAGAAAGGUUUGGAAAACGAGGGUCAUUCGCAAAAAGGUCGGAAAAGUUAAGAGUUAGUCCUGCAGUAGACAACCGAGAACUUUAUAAUACAAUACAAAACGUUCUAAAGAGAGCAGAAGAUAUUCAAAAAGAAGCUGACAAGAGUGCCGACCCUAACGCAAAUUAUUUGUGGACACUAGAAUAUGGAGAAAAAUUGUGAUAAGUGUAGACUGUACC